UGAGUUUGUGAAUACGCGCAAACUCAACUGUUUCAAUCAGUCCGUCAUCCUCCGCUCAUUUCCUCCGUAAACGCCCACUGCUCACACAGCAGCCAAUCAGAGCGCAGCACACGUGACGAGCGUUCUUAACGAUGACCUCAUCCCUAGAGUGGGAUGACGUCAAAGACAAGAUGGAUGGAAUCACGACUGCUUCAAGCUCAACGCAACUCUGAAACAAAGUCCUGUGUCGGAGCUCCGCGGCGUCCAAAGCCAGCAAACUAGGGUAGGAUGCUGAGUGUUGACUGAUGCUGUCAUUUUGGCUAAUGUCUUCUUUUGUAUUCCAUGGAAGAAAGAAAGUCAUAUGAGUUUGGAACAACACGAGGCUAAAAUGGAGAGCCUGGUGCACUUCUGUAACCCUGCCCAUGGUAUUUCACUGCUGGGUGCCCUCAACGAGCAGAGAUUAAGUGGCCAACUCUGUGAUGUUAUCUUGUUAGUUGGUGAUCAACAGUUCCAGGCCCACAAAAGCAUCCUUGCAUCCUGUAGUGAGUAUUUCCAGUCUGUAUUCUCCCAGAAGGACUCAGAGAACCGUUGCAUCAUUCAGCUUAACUUCUGCGAGCCUGAUGCUUUUGAGAUUGUGCUAAACUACAUCUACUCAUCAUCUCUGUUUGUGGAGAAAUGCAGCUUGGCGGCUAUACAGGAGCUAGGAUAUAGCCUUGGCAUUCCCUUUCUAACCAACAUCAUGUCCACAAGACCUCAGGCAUCAUACUGUGUGUCAAGAAAACGCAUAUUGUUGUCAGAGGAGGAUGAUGGUGCUUAUCAAAAGAGAAGUGUUAUUGUACAUCAAGGUGAUCAGCCUGGCAUGGAUGUGUUUUCUAGGAGAAGUCAUCAGGGAAGGCCGAUUAAACAGACCACAGCCAUGAUCCCAGAGAAACCCUCACUCGCACACGAUUUCAGUGAUCAGAGUCACACAGGACAUGUCAAGCAGAAUGAAAAAGAGUCUGACAGUACCUCUGUUAGCAGAAAUUCAAACAAAAACCCAGUGGAUGGCGACUGUAGAUCUAUCCUCUCCUCUCCAACAUCCAUAUUGAGACGUCGAACUGAAUACCGACCACCAUCUAUGCGGCCACAACUUACAUCCUCAGUUUCUUUUAGUGAGUCCGUACAGCAUUCUAGUUUACAGUCGGAGCAACCUGAGGACUCCAUAGAAGACCAAAUGGAGUUUGCGCAUGAUCGGAAACCAGCAGGAGAACACCAAGGUCCACGCAACCAAACCGUAGACCGCAGUGGGCCACUUAUUAAAAGUCUGCUACGCAGAUCCUUGUCCAUGGAUAGUCCGGUUCCUGUUUUCUCUCCAGCUCUGGAGCUGAAGGACUCGCAAAAUAGGGAACAGACCGUGGUGAAGUUAACGACGCCGACAGGAAGAUCACCAUCCCCUGAAAGCGAGGAUGGGGUGUUGAACGAUAUGCCUCUUAUUCUCAGGUCGAGACAACGAAACACGUAUGAAACGGAAGGAACUCAGACGACUCCACUUAGAAUAAAAGCAGAGCCCAGCAGUCCUCUCGCAGACCCUUCUGAAAUCGUUCGCAUCACUGUUGGAGAUAAUUUACCUGUCAAUUUUAAAGACUUUCAGGCCAACUAUGACGAAGGCCCCAGAGGAUAUUUCACUCCCUCGAUAAAGAGGAAGAGUAAGAUGGAUGGUAGUUAUAUGCCCUUUAAAAGAACCAAGCCUGUCAAUGAACAUCACAUCUCACAUCAGGACCGUACAUUCAGUGAGGUACCUUACACUUCCAACAAUGAGAAAAGCAACGAGGAACCUGGAGAACUUAGGCCGAACAAAAUGUUCAAAUGCUGGAACUGCCUGAAGGUUUUCAGGUCAAAUGCGGGUUUGUAUCGCCACGUGAACAUGUAUCACAACCCAGAGAAGCCAUAUGCUUGUGACAUCUGUCACAAACGCUUUCACACCAACUUCAAAGUCUGGACUCAUUGCCAAACUCAGCAUGGUGUGGUGCAAAAUCCCGCACCCUCUUCCAGUUCCUAUUCUGUUCUGGAUGAGAAAUUUCAAAGGAAACUGAUCGAUAUUGUCAGAGAACGUGAGAUAAAGAAAGCUUUGAUCAUGAAGCUCAGGAGAACCAAGCAAGGCCUGCAGUCGCAACCAUUUGGCAGGAAAUCAAGGCGAACAAAGUCAUAUGGAUGCCCGUUUUGUGGCAAAAUGUUCCAUUUUCAGUCACAAUUAAAGCUGCACAUGAAGGGACACUCUGCUGAGACCGCCAGCCUUGACCCAGAUGCUGAGAGAGAUCUUCAAUACAAACAGCAGCAGUUGGCUCAUCUUAAAGAGAACCAAGACAAGGAUGUCUUUUCUUGCCGGCUCUGCAAUGAGAAACUGCCCUCUCUAACUGAGUUAGAAGACCACGAGAGGGCCUGCAGGUAUUCUACUGUUUGCCCAUAUUGUGGCCUCCGAUUUUCCAACACGCUCGUCAAGAAAGACCACGAAGCGCACUGCAAGUACAAAAAGCUGACCUGCCUAGAAUGUAUGCGCACAUUUAAGUCCUCUUUCAGUAUAUGGCGCCAUCAGGUCGAAGUUCACAAUCAGAAUAUGAUGACCUUAAAAGAGCAGCUGACUCUUGGUCUCCAAGAGAGCAAUCACGAUGAAUCAUCCGAUGGUCUUGGAGUUCCACCUCCUUCACAAGAGUCAAUGAAUGAUACCAGAGAGGAAGUGGUGUACAGCGACUCAUCAGUUCCACCCAUGUUUGAUUCUGAAGACUCAUCAUCUUAUGUCCCUGAGGACUUGAGUCAGGGAGAGCUGCAAGUGAAAGAGGAACCUCAAGAGGAAGCAGUCUCAGCCAAGGAUAACAUAAGUGCAACCUGUAUUGGAUCUGAGGAGCCAGGUGUGUGGCCAUGUGAAAAGUGUGGGAAGCUUUUCAGCUCCCACAAAGACCUGGAACGACAUCAAGAACUGCUUUGCCACAUCAAACCCUUCAUCUGUCACAUAUGUCACAAAGCAUUCAGGACCAACUUCCGUCUUUGGAGCCACUACCAGUCCCAUAUGUCUGCAUCUGAAGAACCAGGGAUGAGAGAGAAUGAUGGACUUCCGUCUUCUCCAUCUCCUUCCCCACCUCUCACAAUUGCUAUCUCUGAACCUCCAACUUCUCAAGUAUCUCCUCUCAAAGUUAUCCAAUCUGGGGUGGCUGACUCCGAGGAGGAGCCCAGAGGCUCCAUGUCGCCGUCAACCAAACUCAAGAAGCCGGACCAGGACAAGGCCGCUGAUGAUGAACCCAGAGAACAUUCUCACGCCAAGUCAGACAGCACAGACAAAGCUAUUACCCCUCAGGAAUCAGACACACUAUUUUACCAUGCCCCAACGCUCUCUGCGCUUACCUUUAAAAGGCAGUACAUGUGUAAAUUCUGUCACAGGACAUUUAAGACGGCGUUCAGUCUAUGGAGUCAUGAACAAAGCCAUACGUAAGAGCUCUAAACGCAGAGUUGCACUUUUGCCAUAAUUUCUGAUUUGUAACCCUAACCAUUGGAAUUAACUAAUUGAAAGGAAUACUUCACCAAAAAAAAAAAAGAAAAUUAUGUCAUCUUUUACUCACCACAGUAUGAUAUUCUCAGUGACCACUCACUUAUUGCAGAAUUCAUAAUUUUUCCAUACAAUGCAAGUGAAUGGUGAAACAGGCUAACAUUUUUCCUGUUCCACGGAAGAAAAUAAAACUCAAAACUGGUUUGGAACAACAUGAUAGUGAUUAAAUGAUGAAAUAAUUUUCAUUUUUGGCUGAACUAUCCCUUUAAUGGACUUAUUUUCCUGACACUGUCUCCUUACAAUCACAUGAAUUAUAUUGGGAUAGACUUCUUUCAGGUUGGUCAAACCCAGGGAUUUAUUAAUGGCAUUUGAUCAUUGUUAAUAUAAAAAUUUUCAGUGAACAGUAUUUAGAUGAAGUUGAAUGCAUCUUGGACUGCGUGGCUGAGAGAUGCAGAAUUUUGUUUUCUAAAUAAUUUCCCUGUGUUAUCUAUUUAUUAUUAUUAUUGUGUAUUACAUUUACUUUUCUGGCACUAAUGAUCAAGAAGGAGAGACUGUUUGGCCUAUUGCUAACAAAAACCCAACGAUUACUUUUUGUUUUGCCGAAGACAUACCGAUAAUCCACCUCUCUUGUUUUAGUGGCCUUUUUGCUGUUAUUUAGCACCUUCAAGCAAUUCCAAAUAAAGUUUUUCUCCGUUAAAGCACAGGAUGGUGCAGACAGAAAUGGCACCUAUGCAGCAUUUCGGUUACAAGUCAGCCCAAAAUUCCAUCAAGUUACUGAAUCACCAAUCACUUAGCCACGAACCUUAUUGGACUUUUUCUACAAAAAAGAUGGAUUUCAUUCCAUAUCUAAUAUUCCCAAAAAAAAUCCAGUUUAAUUUUAUUCCCUCUUCUCUGGCCUAAAAUUAGAUAUUUUGUUUAAAAUAGGAAGUUUAUUUUUGCCUUAAAGGUAAAAAGAAAAAAAAAAUUAAGAAAAAGAUUUUUAGGAAUAAAACCAUUUUAAUGAUUGUUACAUACAAGAGCUAAUAAUUAUAAAUUGUUACAUUGAUCAUUGAAGUUAAUAGAGGUUAUGACAUGAAACCACAUAAAAGCAAUCCUGAAAAGCAGACUUAAAUGGCAGAUAUUAAACUUCACAAUUAACUUUGUGAAUAUUCAUAGCGGUGAUGAAAACGUGUUUAUUAUUUAAUUUAAACAUUGCAAGUUAAGUUGUAUUUUUCAUUUUAUGAGUAUUCUGUUAAUAUGUGUUUCUGGCAGUUAUGUAGAAUUUCAUGGUAUUUUCGUUUAGAGGUUGUGAAAAAUAUUCAAUGAUUGUAUAGAACAAAUAGAAGGCUUUAUAUGUACAAAUUGCAGGUUUGGAGUGAUGUUCUUAAAGCAGUUAUUGUGUGCCUGAAAUGUGGAUCUUCUCAUAUUUUUGUUGUACAGGACAUGCAGUAUAUGUGGGAAAUAAUUAAUGGUUGUAGUAGACAAAAAUUGUAUGAGCCUUAGGAUUUUCACACUGUAUCAGUACUGUAUCAGUACAUUGUGAGCUUACAGUGUAUGCUCAUCUUACCUGAACUCAGUACUCAGUGAUUAAUGAAGUUUUUGAUGCAAUGACGUUGAAUGGUUGGACAUUCCUGAUGUUCAGUAGACCUUAUGUGUGGCAGUAUCACCCAGAGGAGACUUUUGUUAUGAAAUGUUAAAGCACAAUAGCAGUAAUCUUAUUCCUUGAGAUAUAUAUAUAUAUAUAUAUAUAUAUAUAUAUAUAUAUAUAUAUAUAUAUAUUUUUUUUUUUUUUUUUUUUUUCAUAUUUUGCAAGUGUUUGAAAUGCUAAUGAAUUAAGGAAAAGUCUGCUUCCCUUACAUUAGGGGAUGUUUGGCUUAGCCAGCUUGUGGCCUUUGUUAAGCACAAAAUAAUCAUAAUGUACAGUUGAAGUCAGAAGUUUAGUAAUAAUAGUAGAGAGAAUGAUUUAUUUCAGCUUUUAUUUCUUUCAUCACAUUCCCAGUGGGUCAGACGUUUACAUACAAUUUGGUAGCAUUGCCUUUAAAUUGUUUAACUUGGGUGUUUUGCGUAGCCUUCCACAAGCUUCUCACAAUAAGUUGCUGGAAUUUUGGCCCAGAAAGAACUGGUGUAACUGAGUCAGGUUUGUACGCCUCCUUGCUCGCACAUGCUUUUUUAGCCCACACAUUUUCUAUCAGACUUGAGGUCAGGGCUUUGUGAUGGCCACUCCAAUACCUUGACUUUGUUGUCCUUAAGCCAUUUUGCCACAACUUUGGAGGUAUGCUUGGGGUCAUUGUCCAUUUGGAAGACCAAGGGACAUUUCUCCAAAAAGUAAGAUCUUUAUCCCCAUGUGCACUUGCAAACUGUAGUCUGGCUUUUUAUGGCGGUUUUGGAGUAUUGGCUUCUUUCUUGCUAAGCAGCGACCGAACUUUCUUCAUGGCUGAUGUCUUGAGAUGUUGCUUCAAUAUAUCCACAUAAUUUUCCUUCCUCAUGAUGCCAUCUAUUUUGUGAAAUGCACCAGUCCCUCCUGCAGCAAAGCACCCCCACAACAUGAUGCUGCCUCUCCCAUGCUUCACAGUUGGGAUGAUGUUCUUCGGCUUGCAAGCCUCACCCUUUAUCCUCCAAACUUAACGAUGAUCAUUAUGGCCAAAAAGUUCCAUUUUGUUUCAUCAGACCAGAAGAAAUUUCUCCAAAAACUAUGAUAUUUGUACCCAUGUGCACUUGCAAAGUGUAGUCUGGCUUUUUAUGGCGGUUUUGGAGUAUUGGCUUCUUUCUUGCUAAGCAGCUUUUUAGGUUGUGUUGAUAUAGGACUUGUUUUACUGUGGAUAUAGAUACUUGUCUUCUUGUUUCCUCCAGCAUCUUCACAAGGUCCUUUGCUGUUGUUCUGGGAUUGAUUUGCACUUUUCGCACCAAACUACGUUCAUCUCUAGGAGGCAGAAUGCGUCUCCUUCCUGAGCAGUAUGAUGGCUGCGUGGUCCCAUGGUGUUUAUACUUGCGUACUAUUGUUUGUACAGAUAAACGUGGUACCUUUGGGCGUUUGGAAAUUGCUCCGAGAUCUUGGCUGAUUUCUUUUGAUUUUCCCAUGAUGUCAAGCAAAAAGGCAUGGAGUUUGAAGGUAGACCUUAAAAUACAGCCAUAGGUACACCUCUAAUUCAGUACACCUCCUAUCAGAAGCUAAUUGUCUAAAGGCUUGACAUCAUUUUCUGGAAUUUUCCAAGCUGCUUAAAGGCAUUGUGAAAUAGUCCAUUAAAAGUGAAACAAUCUGUCUGUAAACAAUUGUUGGAAAAAUUACUUGUGUCAUGCACAAAGUAGAUGUCCUAAACGACUUGCCAAAACUAUAGUUUGCUAAUAUUAAAUCUGUGGAGUGGUUGAAAAAUUAGUUUUAAUGACUUCAACCUAAGUGUAUGUAAACUUCUGAUUUCAACUGUAAAUAGGUUGGUUGCUCUUUGCAUUUCCCAUUGUCAUGUAUUUUAGGUUUUGAUGGAUAGUAAAACAUUGCUUUGGUCUUUCUCAAAGCAUUGAUCAUAUAAUAAGUUGGCUAUUUCCCAGGAGAGAAAUAGAUGGUUUAUUUUGCAUUUUCAUUUGUCCCAGUAUUAAAUUACACUAAACGUCAGUUUUUUGUUUAGGAUAAGAACUAAACCAUACUAAUAGAGGAUCAGUAUAUGCCCUGAUAAUAAAUAUUAUAACGUCAGUGAUUGACACAUUUCCACUAAAAUGUAUAGUUCAUCCAAAAAAAUAAAAAUAAAAAAUUCCAUUUAGUCACCCUCAUGUUGUUCCAAAGUUGAAUGGCUUUCUUGUGUGGAACACAAAAGGAGAAGUUAGGCAAAAUGGUAGCAUCAGUCACUAUUCACUUUUAUCAUAUGGGGAAAAAGGCUAAAUGAAAGUGAAUGGUAUCUGAGGUUGACAUUCAGCCUAAAAUAUCUAGAAAAAAGAAAGUCAUGCAGGUUUGAACAUGGGGGCAAGUAAAUGAUGACAAGAUUUUUCAUUUUUGGGUGAACUAUCCAUUAAAGAUGGUUAAUUGAAAGAUGGAUUGACAUUGAAUGAACAGGGAUGAAAGAACAUUUUAAUCUUCAAAACACAUUUUUGUGGUCUUUCUUUGACUUUGUUUGAUAUUUUCUCUGUUUUAUUAAAAGUAUAUCUUUUUGGUAUUCCUGUGGUAACACUGCAAUAACUAAUAUUCGUAAGCACUUGAAUUGUUCUAAUGUGGCUUUAAAAACUGUAUCAGUUUUUGUGUUAAAGCAUUUUUCUACUGUUUUCUGUGCUUGCUUUCUAAAAUAAAUAUCAAUAAUGUGCAAGAGAA